CAAUAACUUUUGGCGCGUUUAUUGUUGUUUUUCUGUACUUAAAUUCCCCAUUUACUCUUAAUUUGUCAUUCGGAUCACUAAUUAAUGGUGGCACUCCAUAUCUACGUAUGCUGAUCUUACAGUAUGAAAAAAAUAAAACAAAUCGGCUUGAUGAAACAUCUGUAACGAGGACUUCAUAAACUGAAACACCAUGAGUGCCAUGAUGAAUGGGGAGGUACCCAGUGUGCCCAUUACUACUUUAGCUGGAAUCACAAGUCUUACAGAUCUUCUACCAGAACUUCCAUUGCCCUCCCCACUACCACAGACAGUUAACAACAAGAGCCUGCUGUUCCAUCCCAAGGUAGCUGAUGAUGCACGUAGACUACUGGCCUCAACAGAUGAGAACAUCGUGUCUCAACUAGUGAAUGCUUUGUCACAAACAAAUACCAAUGAUAUUGAAUUGAAAGAUAAAGCCCUGGGUAGUGAUAGUAUACAAGGGGAUGUACCAGACCUUCUCAGAGCUAUUUUGGCCCAAAACUCAAAUGUAUUCAAGGGAGGAAGAGAAAAUCAUGUGCCAGUGAGAUCCCCCUACUACCAGCAACAGUCCCCCUACCAGGCUGGUCAAGUGUCGCCCUUUCAACCAUCCAGCCCAGCAAGGUACCAGCAGCCAGGUUAUGGAAGUCCUAAUAGGUACCCCCAAACUUCUCAAGGUAUCCCACCACAAGGCUUAGACAUGUACCAGAAACAGUUCUCAAACUUUGCAUCACCUCAGCCAGGAGGGACUAUGAAUGGAGGUGUGCCAGUACCACGUCCCUCACAAGGAACCUCUCAGUCAUUUCAAGGCACUCCUCAGACUGUAGUCUCACCACCUAAAGAUGUCAUCCCUAGAGACAUGGAAGAGGUGGAAGUCUUAGACCCAGAAACAGGGGCAAUAAAAAAGCAACUUGUUCCAAAAAAGUCCUCAUCUACCAAAAAAUCAUCAGAACCCUCAUCUUCUCGGAAAAAAUCAACAGAAUCAUCUGACCAUUCAACUACAGAUCUUAAAUCUGAACAUUCAUCAUCUAUCAAGAAAUCUUCAGAUCACCAAUCUUCUAGGAGAAAGUCCUCGGAGCCAGUAGUCAUGUUAAAACCUCUUGAUGCUGAUGAAAUUGCCAAACAGUUGUCUAAGCACAAAUCCAAGAAAUCCAGUCACAGUGAUAAAUAUAGAGACAGAGAUGGUCAUAGCUCAUCUCAUAGAGAUAGAGAUAGGCACAGCUCCUCUAAAAGAGAAGAAGACUUGUCUACACAGUAUCAAGGCCUCAAGUUAAUGUCUCCAUCUGUAAAAUUAUUGAGGAUUGAUCCCAAAGAUGAGAAGAUGAUGCGGGAUUUAAAGAGAAAGCAUUCAGGAUCUGACAGUAAAUCAGCUAAAAGAAGUAAAUAUGAUGAACAUGAUGAGUUUGAUGCCUAUGGUGGCUUUGCCCCUUCUUUGACUGAAAGGAUAAAGAGUAGACGGAGAGGAGCGGCGCCAUCUUUUGAGAAGACCAAAACACCUGAAAAACGACGUCCAGUUAUAGAAUCUAGUAGUGAGUCAGAAAUGGAAUAUGCACCAAGAAAAAAGGAGAAAAAGAAGAAAUCGAGGCGGCAGGUCCAAUCAACAUUGACCAUAGAGGAAUUAAUGGAGACUCCACAAUUUAAGCGUUUCACUCAUGCCAUAGAGACAGUCAUAGAAAAUGCAGAGGAUGUCGACCUCACUGGAAUUGACUUAGAUGACCCUGAUGCUGAAGCUCCUCCUGAAGCCCUCAUUCACAAGAGUUUACUUAAUGAUCUUGCCAAUGAAGCCGCCAAACUUAAGUCCAUGAACGUUGUAAACCAGGUUCCGUCAGAUAGACUUGUUAAACUACUCACCAUACUGCAGAUCAACAUAAGAGAUGGUGCAAAACUCAUGCCAUAUUUAGGAGGGGAAACUGUAGAUGCAGACGAGGAGAAUUUAUGGAGAGAAUUAACCUUAGAACGUGUUUUAAAAAGUGUUGACUCGGCAUUGACAGCAUUGAAUGUGAUGACCUCUGCCAACAUGCCAAAGCAGGUUUAUCUGGAGGAUGUCAUAGAUAGAUGUACCAUGAUUAUAAAAUACCAACUACAGAACACGAUAUUCCCAGAGUUUGACCCUGUUUAUCGGAUGUCUGAUAAUAAAAAAGGUAACUACUACACUAGUUCUAAACAAAAGCGAGCACGUGCCAAAGAAGUGAAACACAAAGGGACUAUAGCCCUGUACAAUAAGUUGUGUGAAAUGAUGUCAUCAAUGUCUGAACUAAUCAACAUACAAGAACUCACAGAUACAAGUAUACUACAGAUGUCAUCAUUAGCAGUCUCUCCAUUUUUUGUGGAGAAUGUCAGUGAGCUGCAAUUGAACGCCCUGAAGCUAGUCACGUCCAUAUUUAGUCAUUAUGAGAAACAUCGGCAAUUGAUCAUUGAAGAUGUGUUCGCAUCACUAGCAAGGUUACCCAGUAGUAAGAAGAAUCUCAGGAGCUAUAGGUUAGAUUCCAAUGAGUCUAUACAGAUGGUGACAGCUCUAGUGUUGAACCUCAUCCAGUCAGUGAUAAUCCUACCCAAGCCUGAGCAACCUACCAUACAAGAUCCUGAUGAGGAUGAAGACCAUAAAGAUGAAAAGGUUGACAAAGAGGUUGUCAUAGUUACUUCAUAUGAAACUGGUAUGAGAACAGCACACAGUUUUAUAGCUGUCUAUUUGCAAAAAUGUGCAAUGAAGGGGGAAGAUGUUGAUUAUCGUCCACUGUUUGAGAACUUUGUUCAGGAUUUAUUGACAACAGUGAAUAAACCUGAAUGGCCUGCAGCUGAACUCAUGUUGAGUCUCUUAGGAAAACUACUGGUUCAACAGUUCAGUAACAAGUCAGUGGACAUGUCUAUGCGUGUGGCCUCUCUGGAUUACUUGGGCAUUGUGGCUGCAAGGUUGCGCAAGGAUGCUGUCACCAGUCAGCUAGACAAGACAGGCAUUGAUGAUGUUAUCCAGAGGAUGUAUGAGAAUAACAGCGAUGAUGAAGAUUCAGAGAAAGAAGAAGAUGGUUCAAAAAGUGGAAGAAAAAGCCCCAAGCUUGAUGAUGGCUUAGACAGAACUGAGAAGUUACAGAAAGCCAUGCUGAAUUACUUGGUCUUCAAUGGACAGAAUGAUCCUUCUCUCUUGUUUGCAAGAUCAUUCUACAUAUCCCAGUGGUUUAGAGAUACAACUGUAGAAAUGGAGAAAAGGAUCAAAAGCAAGAGUAAUGAUGAUUCAUUUGAACCUGAUGAAGAUGCUGAGGAUGAAACUGAGAUGGUCCAGAGAGCUGAGAGAAGGAAACGGUUCCUCCUUGAACAGAUCAAUGUGAAUGUGGGUGCCUUGGCUAAUACUAGGCCAACCAGUAAUUUGGAGCUAGACGAUGCUUGCUUUGUGGCAAGAUUCUUGGCCUCCAACAGACCAUUCUCACACAGCUUUGACAUAUACCUCACACAGAUACUACGUGUACUGAGUGAGACUGCAGUUGCUGUCAGGACAAAGGCAAUGAAAUGUCUUACUGCAGUGGUUGAAGCAGAUCCAUCUAUUCUUGCUAGGACUGACAUGCAGAAGGGUGUCCAUGGACGCUUCCUGGAUCAGUCCACAUCUGUGAGAGAGGCAGCUAUAGAACUUGUUGGCAAAUUUAUCAUAAUCAAACCUGAACUUACUCCACAGUAUUAUGACAUGUUGGCGGAUAGAAUCCUGGAUACUGGUAUAAGUGUCAGGAAGAGAGUGAUCAAAAUAUUCAGAGACAUUUGUGUAGAACAGCCAGACUUUAACAAGAUCCCAGAGAUGUGUGUUAAAAUGAUCAGACGUGUCAAUGAUGAAGAGGGCAUUAAGAAACUUGUGAAUGAAGUAUUUCAAACAAUGUGGUUCACAACAGUGAGGGAACGAGAUACAGCCAAGCUGUUACAGAAAGUGCUCAACAUUACUGAGGUUGUGGCAGCAUGCAGAGAUACUGGCUUUGAAUGGCUUGAACAGCUCUUAGAAGGGCUGUUCAAGAAGGAAGAGAAUACAAGUGGCAAGCCAGUAGAGCAUGCAUGCAGGCAGAUUGUGGACUGUCUCAUUGACAAUGUACUGGCUUUAGAGGAGAAAAAUGCAGACACUGCAAAGAAGGCAGGGAACAGUCCAAGACUCGUGUCCUGUCUUUCUACACUCUACUUGUUCAGUAAGAUGAAACCUGAUCUGAUGGUGGCUCAUGCUACAACACUACAGCCUUAUCUAGAGAUAAAAUGUAAUACUCAAGGAGACUUUCUGGUGCUGCAUAAUGUUGCAAGAAUCCUGGAGCUAGUGGUUCCUCUCAUGUCAAACCCCAGUGAGAGUUUCCUAUCUCAGCUAGAGGAAGAUCUCAUGAAACUCAUCCUCAAACAUGGAAUGAUGGUGCUACAGAGCUGUGUCAGCUGUCUCGGGGGUGUGGUCAACAAGGUCACCAAGAACUUCAAACUAGUCAAAGACUGCUUCCAAAAAUUCUUUGGUGUUGUAUCUAAACUAAUGGCAGAACAUAAAAGGAAUCCACAAAGUGAAUUCCUCAUAAAGAGCAUCCCUACAUUACUGCGGUCACUGUUCACUGUCGGGCUUUUGUGCAAACAUUUUGAUUUUGACUCCACAGAGAUGGGAGAAACAAGUGUUUCUAUUAAGGACAGAGUGUUUGACGUAAUGAUGUAUUUUACCCAACAUGAAGAUGAAAACAUCAAACACAAGGCCCUAACUGGAUUAGGGUUCCUGGUUGUCCGGCAUUAUGACUUUAUGCUUGGUAAGACUCUAAGGGACUACUACCACUACCUGCUCAUGCACAAGGAUGCCUCUAUCAAGUUGAAGUGCCAGGUGCUACGUAAUCUACAUCUCUAUCUAAUAGAAGAGGAGUUACAGAUGAUGAUCUCAGACCAAGAAUGGAAAAAACAUGCAGAAGCUGAAGACUUGAAGGAAAUGGGUGAUAUCCAGUCAGGAAUGGCAAGUACAGUGAUGCAGAUCUACCUGAAACAAGUGCUUGAUUCAUUCAUUCACAUUAAUGCCCAGGUGCGCUUGGCUGCAUUGAGUGUCAUACAGCUAGUCAUGAGGCAAGGCCUUGUCCACCCUGUACAGUGUGUGCCAUAUCUCAUUGCCAUAGGAACAGACACUGACCCCACCAUAAGGAUCAAGUCAGACCAACAACUGCAGGAAAUUGAUAAGAAAUACCCAGGAUUUGUUCAGAUGAAAUCCCUUGCUGGGAUUAAGAUGUCUUACAAGCUCCAGCAGCUAAUACAGCAAGACCUGGUUGAGCCUGUACGUGGAAAUAGACCUGAUGACCAACAUCAAACUGAACAGAACAUUGCAGUGAAUGGUUACCUCUAUAGCUUGUUGAGAACUAAUCGGGCUCAUAGACGUGCCUUCCUAACGUCACUUCUUCAUCUGUUUGAUGACACAACGAGAGCGCCUCUUGCUGAAUUAUUGUAUGUUGCUGACAACAUGGCAUAUUUCCCAUUCCAACACCAAGAUGAGCCACUCUUUGUCAUACACACCAUUGACAUCACUGUCUCAGUGUCUGGAGAAAAUAUUAUGCAGUCCUUCAAGGAAGAACUGUAUCCAGAUGUUCAGGAGAAUGAACAUGGUACAAAAGUAUUUGAUGAUGAUGAUGAAGACCUGGACACUAUUCUUGGUCUAUUACCAGAAAAUCUGGCCACCAUGCAGGAACUUUGUCUUACUGCACAGGGCUGCAUUCUUCUGCUUAUUAUCAAGAACCACUUAAAGGACAUGUAUGGAAUCUCUGACCAGAAAAUAAACACAUACUCGCCAAAUGAUGCAGCUAAAGUUAAUGAAAAACCACUCAAUCGAAAACGUGUUGUGAAGUUCAAACCAAAACAGGCAAUCGGUAUACUGAAGCAGGGACCCCCAGAAACUUAUGUAGAUGAUGAGAUGAAGAGAAAAAUUGCUGAGGAGUACUUAGGGUUCAAGCAGCUGAUGGACAGUAUUGACCCCCAGGAUGGUAGCGAUGAUGGAAGUACAGGGCGUCAGACCCCUGCCACUCGGGCAUUUCAGAGUGGCACACCUGGAGGUUCUGGUACCCCUAGGGGGAGUGAAACCACACCCCCUUCAGCCUCAGUUCCACCUCCCCAGGAGAGCAACCAUAAUACCCCACCCCAUCAGGAUACCCCAGGGGGUACCCCAGGGACUUCAGGGCAACAAGGCCCUAUUAAAAUCACAAUCCGGUUACCUAUGGGGCCUGGUGCCCAGAAUGACUCUGAAGAAGAAGAUGAAACAGAGGACAAUCAAAGUAUGGUGUCAGGGGGCACCACUGGGAGGAGCAUAGCUUCAGGCCCAACUCAUAGUGUUGCAUCUGUAGAUAGCUUUGAACCAAAGGCAAAAGAAAGACGAAGAUCUAAAUCAAAAUCUCAUAAGAAAUCCAAGUCCCACAAAAAGAAGAGCAAGAAAAAGAAGAGGAGAUACAGCUAUAGUGAUGAAGAAGAGGAUGAUAGUGAUGAUUCAGAGGACCCAGAUUUCACAUAUUGA